GACCCACGCAUGAGGUAAUAAAAGACAGGAGUUGGAGAAAAAUGGUGGGUCAUUAGUAAUAAAAGCCAGCUAUCAAUGAAGGAAGAGCUUCACCUACCAUUAACACUCACACACACUUCCCUCCCUUUUUAGGGUUUCUCUCUCCCCUUUCAAAUUCUUCAUUCAUCCUUCUCAUUGAUUGAGAUUGAAUUGGAGUAUUGUUAUGUAGGUUUUUGAAUUUCGAAAUAUAAAGCAUUUUGUCGUUUCCUUUGGGAAUUUUACCUUCGUCUUCGAAAUUUUCGCCCCUCGGGAAUUUUUGGGAGUUCCUGCUUCAGCUACUUUGUUAUCCUGCAGCUUUUAGGAGGGAAUUAGGGUUUUCAGCUUCAGGUAGUUCUGUUCUAAACUUCAAAGCUUAGCGGUGCUUCUCUGCCAUUAAUAUCCAAGCUAGUAGAAAAGAAAAUGUCAGGCGAGAAUUUCAUGGACGAGAUGGAAGAGAUUGAUUGUGGGAGCUUCUUUGAUCACAUUGACGACUUAAUCGAAUUCCCUCCCGUCAACGACACCUCUCUCAAUUCCCUUGACUGUAACGAGUUUCCCAACAUUUGGACCAACAACUCCGACGACUUGCAGGUCUCCGACCCCAUCUUCUGCGGCAGCAAUAGUGAUAGCGCCUCCGCACUGUCGGCAGAGCUUGCUGUUCCGUAUGAGGAUAUUGUCCAGCUGGAAUGGCUUUCAAAUUUUGUGGAAGAUUCCUUUUCUGGUGGUGGAUUGACUAUUCCGGUGGCGGCACACCACCAAUUCCAGACCACCAGUCCUGUCUCAGUCCUUGAGAGCAGCAGCAGCAGCAGCUCCAGCUCCUCCACCUCUGGUGGCGGCAAGAUGAUUCCGUUCAGCCCGAUUCAACGUGGGCCUCAACGGGCCCGAACCAAACGUCCCCGGCCCACAACUUUUAACCCUCGUGCCAUGAUUGAACUCCUCUCUCCUCUUCUCCUUCUUGCCCCUGUUUCUUCUGAAUCUGAAAACAAUUUUGUGUCUGAUCAGAAGAAGAAAAAGAAGGUGAAAAAGUCCAAGAUCCAAGCGGGCCCACCAACUGAAAACCAAAACCAAAACCAAAUUCAGUUGGGACAGGGAGUGAGAAAGUGUUUGCAUUGUGAAAUUACAAAAACACCCCAGUGGCGGGCGGGCCCAAUGGGACCGAAGACCCUGUGUAAUGCCUGCGGUGUUCGGUACAAGUCAGGGCGGCUGUUCCCGGAGUACCGCCCGGCAGCUAGUCCGACUUUUGUUCCGACACUGCACUCCAACUCCCACAAGAAGGUGGUGGAGAUGAGAGUCAAAGGUGGGCCGAAUGAUGUGAGGGAGUCAGAACCACAAUCAGUGUCAGAACCAGAACCAGAACCAGUACCAGUACCAGAGCCAAAGCUAAAUGGAUAUAUGAUGCCUCAGGCAGAUUAGAUUUAAAUUUAAAGAAGGGGUUUGGAGGUUAUAUCUGUUAUUGAGUUUUUUAGUAUGAUUUGUUUUGUUGAUUGUACAGGUGUUGAAGGGCUAUAUUUAGGUGGUAGAGAAAGUAGAGGGGGUUUGAGUAUAAGAUUAAAGAGUAGGGGUUUAGGGAGAGGGAGAGGGAGUCAUAUUUUAAUUUGUUUGUUAUAUUGGUGUUUUUGCAGUUGAUAAUAGUCCUGAGAUGAGAUGAGAUU